AUAUAUAUAUAUAUAUAUUAAAAUAAAAUGAUUAUCAUGGUUACAAUGAUAAUAUAAUGGUUAAAAUGAUCUUCUAAUUCAUAUAUCAUAAAUAAGAAUAAAUUAAACUUUAAUAAAAAGAAAUACAAAAAUUUUAUAAAGAAAAAGAAGAAAAGAGAAAAAGAAGAAAAAAGAAAAAGAAGAAAAAAAGAAAAGAAGAAAAAGAAGAAAAGAACCUUUCCAUAAACUCUUUCAUAUCAAAUAGAAUGAUACAUCAUCAUAAUUAUCAAUUUAUUCGAAUUAUUAUUGGAUGUAUUGGUAUAUUAACAAUAAUAUCACAUAUUAUUUCAGCAUUUUUAUGGAUUAGUUAUAUUCUAGGUUGGAGAAUAAAUCGUAAAUUAAAAUAUAUACAACAAAAACAAGAAAUUAAUCAUCAUAUAUCUAUUAUAUCUAAUAGAAAUAAUAUAAAUUUAAGGCAGCAACAACAACAACGACAACAAGAAGGACAACAGCAGGAACAACAAGAACAAGGACAACAACCACCACUACCACAACAACAACAGCAACAACAAAGACAAUCCGCUAAACUUUAUAAACAUAAUUUAACAUGGCCUAUAUGUACAUUAAGAAUAUCAACACAAAUAAUUAUAUUUUCUAUGAUAAUUAUUAAUAUUAUAGGUUUUAUUGAUUUAAUAAGAUUAAUCUAUUUAUCAAUAACUGGUAAUGAUUUACGUUUAUUAACAAAUGAUUGGUUAUGUAGAAUACAAAUAUUUAUAUCAUUUAUAAGUUGUGAUAUAUCUGAAUGGCAUUUUGUUAUAUUAUGUAUAGAACGUUGUUAUAUUAUAUUAUAUCCAAGAAAAUAUUAUAGUAUUAAUAAUACAUUAAUUAAACCAGCAUUAAUAAUGAUUAUUAUAAUAUAUAUAAUAUGUAUAUUAGCUAAUUUAUUUUUAUUUAUAUCUAAUGAAUCAAUAUGUUUUAUUAAAUUUCGUAAUUAUUCAGUAAAUAUAAUAAAAUUUACAAUUACAUUAAUUAUACCUGUAUUACUUAUAACUAUAUCAACAAUUAUAAUAAUUAUUGUAUUAAUUAAAUGGAAAUUAAAAAAUAUGAAAUAUCGUAUAAAAUUAUUAUCAUAUUAUAAUACUACUCAUAAUACUACUAAUGAUAAUAAUACUACUAAUAAUAGUAAUAAUAAUAAUUCAAUAAAAAUCAAUAAAAGGAUAAUUCGAUCAUUCACAUAUAUUACUUCAUCAACAAGAAAUCAAUUAUCAUUUAAUCAUAUAAAUCAAUACAAUAAUAAUAAUAAUAAUAAUAAUAAUAAUAAACAAUUAAAAAUCAAUAAAUUAAUAAAUUAUAAUAAUUAUAAUCAUCAUAAAAAAUCAAUUAAAAUUAUAGUAGCUAAAAUGAUGUUAAUAUGUGCUAUAUUAUAUUUAUUAAGUUUAUUAUCAUUAUUUAUAUUUGGUUUAAUAUAUGAUGAUUAUUGUUGUUUUUUUAUAGCUAAAAAUAAUAAUAAUUGGAAUGAUAAUUUAUUUAAUUUAAUAUCAAUAUUAUAUUGGUUAAUACAAUCAAUUACUAGUUAUAUAUUAAUGUUAGGUGCUAUAAAUAUUAGAAAUGAUAUACAAAUUAUUAUAUGGUAUAUAUGGUAUAAUAUUUUGAAAAGAAAUAAAUAAAAGAAUAAUAUAAAGAUCAUUAUUAAUAUUAAAACAAUCAAAGUAAAAUUUCAUUAUGUUGCUAUGGCAACCCGAAACCAGUGUAUCUUGUUAACCAUCUUCACCCUUUCAUCUUAUUGUUGACAUAUUUUUGAUUAUUAAUACAUAAUAUAAAGAAUAGAUUAAUAAAUAAAUGUCAUAAUCUAUAAUUUUUUAUUGAUUUUUUUCGUAUUUGUUUUCAUUUUCUCAUUUUUUUGUUUGUUUGUUUUUUUU